GUUAAUUCCAGGCCAUUUAAUCGUUCGUGGAAAAAUGAAUUGAGCAGGCAUAGUCCUGGUGAAUUUCCCGAUGGUACCAUUGUCACGCUACUCGUAGAAGACCCAAAAUUAACCCGACCGCAGAGGAAGACGAAACCCAAUGAAUCAGGUCACUCUAUUGCGAAGACACUCAAUGUGAAUGAUUUACACCUCCCGUUAAAUCUAUUUUGGGACUUCGAGAUUCGGAAAACGGUUCUUGAAAAGAAAAUUAGUGAAGCAGAUUUGCAAAAGAAGAGAAGUUCACAACUGAAUCCGGUGAAAACAUCUGAGGCUAAGGUUUUUUUUUACAUCAGCGUUCUUGUUUGGUGGUCUACGGUGCAGUAA